AUGACAACAGAAUCGGAGAAACUCAGUGACUCGCUUGCGCAAUUGGCCCAAUGCGAGCAGAAGAUCGGCGAAGCCGAAAAGGAUGUGGAGAUUUAUCGCAUCAAGAAAACCCAGUCGAUCUACUCGGAAAGAAGAAACAUCACUAAGCAAAUCCCACAGUUCUGGUAUAUUGUGCUUGCCCAAAACGAUGAUUUUGCUGACUACGUACGGGCCGAGGACUUGAAAUAUUUGGAUUUCAUCGAGGACAUCUAUGUUCAUUUCGGUAUUGCCGAUUCGGCUUCCGUUAAGCAUUACAGAGACUUUUCCAUCACCGUCUCUUUCAAAGACGACACCGGCACUGUUCCCACGCAAACCGUGACCAAAAAGUUUUUUGUUUCGGAAGAUAAUGGUGAAGAAUCCAUCUCCUCUGAGGCUGUUGCAGUGGAAUGGCCGCAGGAGCUCAAAGACAUUUGUCCAGCAGAGAUCCGCUCCAAGAAAGACGGCGACUACACUCCAGAACAGAAGAAAAAGUAUCGCCAAGGCAUGAAAUCGUUCUUUGCAUGGUUUGAAUGGACCGGAACUAAGCCGUCCAAGGAGUUUCGGAGCGGCGAAGAUUUGACAAGGUUGAUACUCGAUGACUUAUUUCCUAACGCAGUGCGUUAUUAUGCCGAGGCUUUGAAAAACGACCAAGAAAGCGAAGAAGAUAGUCUGGAGGGAGAAGAGUUGGAUGUGAGUGACACAGAGCCAGCGCAAAAGAAACACAAAAGCGAAUAA